AUGGCUUCUGUCUCACUGUCUCUCUUUCUCUCCCUCCUCGGUCUGUGUCAGUGGUUGGAGACGCGGCCCAGCCAACAGCAGUGUCCUGUGUGUAAAGCAGGCAUCAGCAGAGAGAAAGUCAUCCCCCUCUACGGCAGAGGGAGCUCCAGCCAAGAGGACCCCAGGUACACUGUGUGUGUGCAUGUGUGUUUUGAGUCAGAGCGUGCAUAGUUGUGAAACUGCAUUGGUUAACUGGUAUUUCGUCCUCCAGGUUGAAAACCCCGCCUCGUCCUCCGGGACAGAGAACAGAGCCAGAGAGCAGAGGGGUGAGUCUUCCUCUCCUCUUAAUCGCUUACAUUUUAAUUUAUGUUUAAAGAGAUACUUUGGGAUUUUAUCAUUCUAGCAGAUAUCCAGAGACUUCCAGUCAUUGCGCUAACGCUAGUUAGCAUUGGCUCGCAGAACUACCUGACUUCCUUCAUACUGGACACAGAGACAUAGAAAUGGUAUCCACGAGUUCAUUGGGAAGUAGAUAAAGGGCCUCUGCCAAAAUCCCGAAGUAUCCCUUUAAUAUGAUUGUUUAUCACAUGGUUAUUUUGUGUGUUCACUCUAUUUGUAAUGAGAGACCACUAUUCCUUUAUUUCCUCCUCUUCUUGCAGCCCUUCCAAGGGUUCGGGGACACUGGCUUCCACAUGUCCUUUGGGAUCGGUGCUUUCCCUUUCGGCUUCUUCACCACAGUCUUCAACACCAACGACCCCUUCCACAGAGCAGGUAUGUAUGUACGUACGUACACACACACACAACCAUCCAUUUAUUCCUUGAUGCGAUAGCUAUUGACUGAUCAUUGAUAUGUUAUCACUGUUCCCCAGAUGCAUACGCAGCCGAUCACCAAGGCAACGGCAACCCCAACAACGGCAACAACUGGAAGGACUCUCUCUUCCUGUUCGUGGCCAUCUUCUUUUUCUUCUGGCUGCUGAGCGUGUAA